UGUGGGGGGCUGGUGUUGUGUACACAGACCAAGACCCAGCCAGCCAUCACAGACCAAGACCCAUCCAGCCAUCACAGACCAAGACCCAUCCAGCCAUCACAGACCAAGACCCAUCCAGCCAUCACAGAUCAAGACCCAUCCAGCCAUCACAGACCAAGACCCAUCCAGCCAUCACAGACCAAGACCCAUCCAGCCAUCACAGACCAAGACCCAGCCAGCCAUCACAGACCAAGACCCAGCCAGCCAUCACAGACCAAGACCCAUCCAGCCAUCACAGAUCAAGACCCUCCAGCCAUCACAGACCAAGACCCAUCCAAGCCAUCACAGACCAAGACCCAGCCAGCCAUCACAGACCAAGACCCGCCAGCCAUCACAGACCAAGACCCAUCCAGCCAUCACAGACCAAGACCCAUUCAGCCAUCACAGACCAAGACCCAUCCAGCCAUCACAGACCAAGACCCAUCCAGCCAUCACAGAUCAAGACCCAUCCAGCCAUCACAGACCAAGACCCAUCCAGCCAUCACAGACCAAGACCCAGCCAGCCAUCACAGACCAAGACCCAGCCAGCCAUCACAGACCAAGACCCAGCCAGCCAUCACAGACCAAGACCCAGCCAGCCAUCACAGACCAAGACUCAGCCAGCCAUCACAGACCAAGACCCAGCCAGCCAUCACAGACCAAGACCCAGCCAGCCAUCACAGACCAAGACCCAGCCAGCCAUCACAGACCACAUGGAUGGGUCUCUGUUUUCAUCCAUUUUGUAUUUGUCUUCAUGAACCGAUGGUUGACACUUGUCCAAGGCAUUUCUACAGUUAUUCCUUUCUCUCCUUCCCUCCAUCUUGUUCUGGUAACCCUAACUACUCCUCGAGAUCUGAAAUGAUGUUCCUUUUGUUCCUGCUCCUCUUCAGUUAA